CCAUAUUUUUUUUCCCUCUGUGCUCAAUUUUCCUCCUGCUGGAGAAAAGAAGAAAUAAAAACAACACUGGGGGAAACUGAGAGGAAGAAAGCACAGCGGAAAAUAAAGGAGGUGGAGGAAAAAGUGAAAUACCAGGAGAUUAGCGGGAAGAUCAGGAGGAACAGGUUGGAAAGAGAGCAAGAAGACAUUGCGCAAGUGGAGAACGAGAUAUAUAUUUUUAUUAGUCCCUGCUUUUGUGUGAAGAUUUUUUGCUUCCCCAUCUGCUGAUCAAAAGGAGGUGACGCCAUGACAACAGAAAUGCAGGAGAUCGCCAUCACAGAGGACAAGCCUUUACUCACGGGUCAGGCUGAUGCCAAGGAUGCUGAACUGGCUGCUAGGAUACUCCUGGACCAAGGACAGGAACACAGUAUUGAGACCCCACAUGGUGUUCUGCACGUGACCCUCCACGGCACACGAACCACCCGCAGGCCUGCUAUCCUCACCUUCCAUGAUGUGGGUCUGGACAGCAAGAGCUGCUUCUCCCCUCUGUUUAAGUUCGAGGAGAUGCAGGAGAUUGUCAAGAACUUCACCCUGAUUCACGUUGAUGCUCCGGGGCAGGAGGAGGGGGCUGCUGCCUACCCCACGGGUUACCAGUAUCCCUCCAUGGAGACCAUAGCAGAGAUGAUCCCUGCAGUCCUGCAGUUUUUCAACUUCCGGACUGUAAUCGGAGUGGGUGUGGGAGCAGGAGCAUACAUCCUCUCCAAGUUCUCACUUGCAAACCCUGAUUCAGUGGAAGGUCUGGUUCUGAUCAACAUUGACACUAACGCCCGAGGAUGGAUAGACUGGGCUGCUCAGAAGCUCAUCUCUGUGACAUCCUCCCUCACAGAGCAGAUCCUGUCCCACCUUUUCAGUCAGGAGGAGCUGUCAUCCAACACAGAUAUAGUGCAGUCUCACAGAGAGCGCAUCUCCAAAGCUUCUAAUCAGGUCAACAUGGAGCUCUUCUGGAAGACUUACAACAGUCGCAGAGACUUGAACAUUGACCGCAACAGCACCUUCAAGUGUCCAGUCAUGUUGGUGGUGGGUGAUCAGGCUCCAUAUGAGGACGCUGCCGUGGAGUGCAACAGCAAAAUGGACCCGACAACAACCUCAUUUCUAAAGAUGGCUGAUGCUGGUGGUCUCCCUCAGCUGACCCAGCCUGCUAAACUGACGGAGGCUUUCAAGUAUUUCAUCCAGGGAAUGGGCUACAUGGCUUCAUCUUGCAUGACUCGCCUGUCCCGCUCCCGCACCACCUCCCUCUCCUCCUCAUACUCCAUGGAUGGGUCCCGCUCUCGCUCCCGCACCCUGUCCCAGGGCUCGCAGGGCGGCCAGAUGCCACCCAGCCCCUCCCAAACGAUGGAGGUGUCUUGCUGAAGGAAAAAAUAAUAGAGAGAGCGAGAGAGUGAGUGAGAGUGAGGAAGAGAAGCAGGCGAAAGGAAGGGAAAGAUAAAGCAUGACAAUAAUGCAGGAACAAGACGAAUGGGUUACUUAUUUGUCACUAAACAACUCCCAUCAUUCCCCACAAGAGCAGAAUAGGAAUAGAGACAGGGAGAGGGAGGGAGAACGAGGAAGAUAGAAACCUCCACAUUUUGCACCACAUACAAGUCUAGUCCUUCUCCUCACAUCCCACUUCCAGCUGAAAACAAAGUGGAUUGGGCUGUUCUACAAUGAAUAUAAGAAGUAUAGGCAAGAAGAGAUUAAUUAAAAAUGGGGGAGGUGGGGAAAGAAUGACAACCAGUCCUCUCUCCCUCCCUCUAUUGGAGCCUCUGCCAGCUAAUAGAGCCCUUUAAUUUAGAUAAGGAGGCCUGUAGAGAACACACACCUUGCGUUAAUCAAUAGUAAUAAUUCUGAAAAUGGUAUUGUUGUUGAUGCUGAUGAUUAUGUUGUUGAUGAUGAUAUUGAAGCUAAUGAUGAUGUAAUAGAAAAAAAACAGUAACACUUUUCUCUUUAUUACGCAAUGAGUUUAAAAUGACAUAGAUAAAAAUAAAAAAAACAUACUAUAGCAGAGAUUCUUAUUACAAUGUGUGUCUACAACUUUUCAAGCUAGUUUUUAUUGUGUUAUUUUUAUUUCUCUAAUCAGAUUUUAUUAUAUGUAACCUGCCUCAGCAAGGGACUGAAGCUACUGACUGGUUGACCCGUCAUGUGGUAACAGCCAAUGAGAGCCAUUAUAGUGACUACUUCCUCUUUGAUGUUGCCAGGUUGUUUAUGUCUUCCAUUUGCCCCGUCUCUAAGUGGCUGUUUUGUUUUCCCAUUGGAUUUGAGGAGGUUGGCAGGAAGCUUUUUUUUUGUUAGUUUUUUCUUCUUCUUCUGGACUGUUUGGAAGUUGCAUGCUUGGUAUCAGCCCAUGUGAAUGUUGACUGGAUAAUAUUUUUCUUUUAUAUUCUGCUAAUAAGUUGUGUGGAUUUGUGUGUGUGUGUGUGUGUGUGUGUGUGUGUGUGUGUGUGUGUGUGUGUGUGUGUGUGUGUGUGUGCUGUUUUGUUUGCUUGGAGUGUUUAGCAAACGUGGCGGUCUGAGGGUAAGCAUAGGUGAGACUGAGAGGGUGUUUGUGCGCUUUAGCUAGCUAGCACCCUAUCGUUAACACACUAGUCGCACACUGAAUAGUGCUUCCGCUAUUGCUGGCAGUCUCGCACUGCGAGUCCUAAUAUCCACGCUCGUGUGUUACUCAACAGGAAGUUUUACAUCACUAAGUAGCAUGCUAGCAUGGAAAUUGCAUUUCAGUGUUAGGCGUGGCCAGAAGGGAUCACUGUGUUUAUCAUCUGGGUUGUAAGCUCUUAGCCUUGCCCGUGCAUGGAUACCUCCUAACAAACCCAGCUAGCAUACUUGAGUUUCUGUGCGAUGUGUGAGGUAAAACGAAAUCAAGCUCCUCUCUAGCAACAAGCGGGUUUAUUUCAAGCUACGGGGUCAAGAGAAUUGUGUUUGCAUGUGAUUGUUGCAAUAUGUGUGUGUGUGUGUUCGAGGAAGUACAUGUGAGGUGUAUGGAAGCGCUUGUAUCCUGUAAGCACAACUAAUGCAGCAAGGAGUGCCAGGGUCCCCUAUAGAAAGGUUUAGUAGCCUAAUCAGUUUUGAGACCAACGAAAACCCCCUGUGACUUAUCGAUGACAAUGAACCAGCCCCUUCACUGCCAACACACGGACACAAAAAAAGGUAAACAAUUGUUGCCACCAGGGCUGCACCUUUUGGUACAGCCUCAGUCAUAAGAGGCAAACGAUUUAGCCUUUUUUUGUUAUGAGACUGAAAAUGUAUUUAAUAUUUAUCAGCCAAUAUCUGCACCUUGAAUCAUCCAAUCUGGAAUUGCAGCCAAUAAGCAUUCUUACUGCCAAAAUUAAGAGCCCCAAUAUACUAGGGUUUUGGGUUGUUGUUUUUUUUUUUCAGAAAUGCUGUGGGCUGAAUUUGCGCCUUUUAGCAUCAUUUAUAGUGACUAACUUAAUCUAAAUUCAUUUUAAAAUUCCAGCAGAUCAACAUAAAGCUUGCCACUGCCCUAUGACGUGUUGGACUGACCAUACUUUUAAAGGACCUGUAGUUGGACCCAAUCCGAUAUCCAUGACGCGCAUGUGCAUUUGUAAGCGUGCCACCUGUGUGCACACAUUUAUGCAGCAUUGCAUCUGAUUCUUUUUUCUUUAAUAAGCAGUAUCAUUUCUAUGAGUCAGUUGAAGGUUGCCUUUUUCUUUCACUUGCUGUCUAGUGCUCCUCUGAAGUAGAGCUGGAGCGAUGUUUUUGACGACAGCGACAGGAAAGUCAGCGGAGGGCCUCAGAUUUGAGCUUUGAUUAGACUGGUGCUUGGGAGAUAUUGAUGAUGAUGAUGAUGAUGACGACAGUAAUCUGUUGUAAGUUACUUCCCCCGUGGCCCAUCACGUAGUGCAAUUCACAACCAGCCUUUGAACCGCUAACAACUGUUGCAUUUAAUGAGGCAAACACAAAUCUUGAUGUUUAGAUGAUUUGUGCUUUAGGGUGUAAACGCAAAAUGUGACGUCAAACCAGGAUGCCGCCAUGUUUUAGGCACUUUGAUUGCUGUCUAGAGGGCUGAAGUGUAGAAUGUAAAUGUUUGGCUCCUCCCAGACUUAAAUUUAAACUCAAGUAAUUGGGCAUGGGAGCAGCUACCAAAUAAGGGAUAAAGGGUGGAGCCUAGACAAUAAAUUUGCCAAAUAAGGACAAGGAGUGGUACGUCUUUGUGGAGAGUUGAGCAGGGCUGUGUGAUUGUAAAUGCCUGUCCAUUUUGUCUUUUGUUUGUCUCUUAAAUUUUACUUUUUUUAUAUUGUUCUUUCCCUUCUAUGUUUUGGAAUACAUUUUUUUUGUUUUAUCUCUGUGAAGUGUUAGUUUACCGUCCCGAUGUGCUCACAAGUUAGUUAACCGUGUGAUAGUUCUUGUGUAGCUUUUUUAGCAUUAGCGCUGAUAAGGGAGAAUAAUAUAAUUAACAAUAAAAAAGAUUAAAGGUAAAGAGAAUACAAUCAAAUUUACUUGUGUGGCUAAUUUCUGUGUAAAACAACAUCCUAAAAAAAGCAAACUUAAAUAUUAAUAAAAGCUUAAGAGAAAUA